AAAGGGUUAACCACGUGGGUGGUUGUUAUUCCUUCGACUCUGACAGUCACAGAUGUUGAUACAGAGGUGGAGCAUAAAGAGAGGGGAAAAAAUACCCAGAGUGAAGCUAUAAAAAACCCAGAGAACAGACAACCCGGUAGAGAAAGACAGUGUCUGGAGAGCAACUAUACUAAUGAGUGCAAGGAUAAACAAUGGAGCGUUUCAAAGCGAAGGCAAACGAGCAAAAAGUGACCGGUUGAAAACCACUGGAAGCGAGGAAGAGGUCAAAUCAAAUGCUUGGGAUGUUUUAUUAAGUGUCGGAGUUGUGAGCUGCAUUGAGAAAACAAAACAAAAAAAAAAAACGGGAAGAAGUGUGUCCCAAAAGGAGCAGAGGAAGGUAAAGACAGCUUGUUUUGACAGUCCAAACAAUAUAUUUGGGGCUAGUUUUUGCUACCCACUUUGAAUCUAUAUUUCAAGCCACAACCAGACAACCCCAAGCUGAAGGCAGCACAUGACAAUCAGUGAACCCCACUUCUCUUGAUGCAGUGCUCAUUCAAAUGUCGGCUCCCUGAUCUCUGUUUAUUCCUUACGGCUACGGAUAAAACCUAAACAAAGGGGACGCUCUGCGUGUGUCUGCGUACUGAUCACUCGCAAACUGAUCCCUUCGUUGCAGACUUGUCAAGGAAGAGAGUGCAUCUGCUUGUAAUUCCUGGAACCAUAGUGGAUAUUUUGGAACUUUUAGCGUGUCACCGCUGUGGUUCAUAUUUUUACUUGUGACCUGUCUGUCAAGUGUAAAUGCUCCGGCCUUUCUUAAAACAAGAUGCUUCUUUUGGGUUCAAUCAAUAAAAAAAUAAAAGCAUCGUCUUCUUCAAAAGAGUUUUCCAUGCAGAUCACUUGGAAAGCCUGUCUGUUUGUACUGUGGUAGAUCUGCAACGCUUUCAUGCAUGCAAUAAUAAAGAACAGCCCACCUGGUUGCCUGCAUAUAACUGGCGUUAGUUUCUCAGUUACUGUGCUCGUGAACGCUAGGGCUCACACGAGCUGGUAGUACAGCAAGUGAUAAAGCUCCUUUCCCUGGAAAGUUUCUUAUCCAUCAGUGCAUACGUGUCCCCACAUGCUACAAAGCCUCAAGGCUAUACCAAUCUGCCUCUUCCUAAACCAGCUUGAUUUCAGAUAUAUGAAAUAAACCGCUGAACUGUGCUAGCUCAUACUUUCAGAAGGAUUGAUGCUACAAUGUUGUGAUGGGUUGUGAAUCUCUCUUUUUAAAGUCACUGGUUUCAGAAUUACAUUUCUUCCCUUUCAAAGAGUUCACUGCAGUACAUGUUUUACUGCCCUGGAUGUGAAGUUCUGGCUUUUCUAUCCUGUCUAAUGAAUUUGGGAUGUCAUGCCUCUAACUAGAUUUGCAGAUUGUAUUACUGCACAGUGUCCUGAAUUUGUUGUCUUUAAGAUUCACCUGUUCUGAAUAAGCUACCCUAAAACUUAAACUUAAAUCCAGAUUUGCAUGAUUUCUAAGAGCAGGACUUGGCUCUGAACCUGCCACUGUAAGAUCCCAGUCUCCUCUGCAAUGAGCCAGGUUUGCUAGUGCCCAGCUGCCAUGCCUGUGCCCGUGAUGGCUGUGAGCAGUGUCAAGUCCCUGUACUGGGAGGUGUUCCCCCCAAUGCCCACCCGUCGAGUUUACUGUACUCCUGUCUACCAGGAUGGUCUGCUAUACGUGUUGGGGGGCUGCAGCGAGACAGGGCUGCCUCUGGACACAGCUGAGGUGCUGGACGUUGUUACGCAGACCUGGAGCCCCCUGCCCCCCGUCCCCACUGCCCGGGCAGGGGCUGCCGCUGUCUCCUUGGGUAAGAGGCUCCUGGUGAUCGGGGGGAUGGAUGCUGAGCAGAGACCCCUGGCUUCUGUGGAGAUCUACAACUCAGAUGAGGGGAAGUGGGAGAAGAAAGCCGGUGUUGGGCAGCCAUCAAUGGGCAUCACUGCCGUGGAGAAAGAGGGGGAGGUGUAUGCUCUCGGAGGAAUGGGCUGUGACACAUCUCCCCAGGCCCUUGUUCGAGUCUAUGAUCCGGGCAGGGACCAGUGGCAGCCCCUUCCCUCAAUGCCCACUCCCAGGUAUGGGGCCUCCUCCUUUCUUCGGGGGAACAAGAUCUACGUGUUGGGUGGAAGACAAGGGAAACUCCCUGUGACUGCAUUCGAAGCCUUUGACCUGGAAGUGAAAAGCUGGACCCGCUUUCCCAGCAUCCCGAGUCGGCGUGCCUUUGCCAGCUGUGCCAUGGCGGACAAGUCUUUCUUCAGCCUGGGGGGGCUCCAGCAGCCGGGACCCCACAACUUCUACUCGCGCCCUCACUUCGUCAGCACCGUCGAGGUGUACGACACAGAGCUGGGGAUUUGGAACAAGCCCACACACACACCCCGCAUGAGAGAGAAGCGAGCAGACUUUGUGGCCGGAUAUUUGGGAGGGAGAGUCAUCGCUGUAGGGGGCCUAGGGAACCAGCCCUCGCCCCUGGCGUCAGUGGAGAGUUAUAACCCAGUGAAGAGGAGGUGGGAGUACGUGGCCCCCAUGCCCAGCCCUCGCUGCUCCUGCGCUGGUCUGCAAACUGAGCGACUGCUCUUCCUCAUCGGGGGGGUGGCGCAGGGCCCCAGUGAUGCCGUGGAGGCGCUGUGUGUGCAAGAGAGCGUCUGAGACAGAGAGGGAGGUGUGAAGCAGCAGCAGAGUAUUACCAAAAAACUGACAUUGCUCAGCAUGGAACUCAAAUGUACAGCAGAGCACGGGACUGGCUUUCACCAGCAUCGCGGAGGGACUGAUACCAAGCUGAGAUUGGUCUGGGGUUUAGCUACUGAAGCGAAAAGUGCAAAUAGAUUAAACUUUUUUUUUUUGCAUAAAUUACAGGGUUUACAUAAGGGACUCAUUUAGUUACAAAUGGAUGCCAAAAAGACAGAAGAAAUGAACAACCAAAUCUGGUCUAUUUGAUGGACUUGAUGGUAGAAAUAAAGCAUUGCCAGAACAAAGGGUUGGUAUUAAGUGACCUGUAUUUUAAGAACAUACAGUAUGAACAUUUACCAACAAGAGGAAGCCAUUCAGCCCAUGUGCUCAUCCAUUUCCCAGUAGCUGAUUGAUCUCACAACUGUGUCAGAUUGGAUCUUAAACAUGACUAGGUAACCCAUUAUUCCCCCAAAGCAUAUAGCACACUGUACAAGAACAAAAGAAACACAUGGAUAAAUAGGUAUACAUGAUGAUGUAAAGUGGAUCCAAUAGAAAAGAAUACAGUUGCUCUUUAGAAGACCUUUCAAACGGUUAGACAGACAGAUUUUGAAAGCAACAGGGCUUCUUUAUUACAGACAGAAUGGGACUGAGAUAUAUAGCAUUAAAUUACAUCAUUAACAGCCAUUCAGAUUCAAAUAAACACAAAGAGGUUCCUUGCCAUCAAGUACCUAUUCAGUGUUUCACAGUUGCCUAUUAUACCUUGCACUCAAUGAGAUUCUGGUGUUAAGAGUUGUGUGAAAUAGUUUGAUGUUAUUGCUCUUAAAAAGAAAACAUGGGCAUUAAUUUAUGAACAAACCUGGGGAGAGGUUUGCAUUUUCAGAUGACAGUGCAAAAUUUAAAAUGGUGCUUGAAAACCCCUUUCUAAAACCACGGUAAACAGUUUUGUGGACAGCAAAUUGGUUUGAUUAUCAAAAUGGUCUUUUAAAAAAACAAUUCUUAACACUUUGAAAGCCUGUCAGUUAACAGGGGAAGCGGCUGGUUGGUUACUAACAGCAAAAGAAUCACUGAAGGGGUGGGGACAAUUUCAUCCUGCGGGUGAGCAGGGAAGUGCAACAAUAACUAAAAGCAUGGCUUGCAAACAGCGAUUUCUUGAACCAAGUUCAGUACCAGAUAGCAUAUUUUAAAAUAAAAAGCCAUGUUUACUCUAAUGUAUUCCUUUCAAAACUGGACAUUUGAGACCUACAUGACAAAUAGAAGUGCACAACAGGUACGUUUUAUGGAAUUAUCAUGUUAGCUACAGUCACUUAAGCAUGUGUUCUUUUCUUCCACUUUUUUGAUACUGUAGGCAUAGGUUUUUAAAUGACCCUUUGUUUAAAUGACCCGCCUUCUUAUUCAAACUAUACACUGAACCACACAGAGUAACUGUGAGGAGCUCAGACUUCAAUUUGAAUUGCUAAGAUCACAGUGUAACAGCGAUUGAUCAUUCUUUGUGUUGAUGUAGCCACAAGAGGACUGUUAAUAUUCCACUGGACAGCGGAGCCAUCUCAAACCCAUGCACCAACAAGAGCAGAGCGAUGGAAUAAAAAGGAUCACAGUCCACUUCUGUUUCUUGUGUAGCAGGCAAAGGAAGCAGGGUCUCUUCAAAGUGGUUCUCUGUUGUAUUUUUUCAAAGCAUUUGACGUUUCUGAAUCAAAGCAUAAUUGAUGCGGUAUUAAAGCAGCAAUUGUGUCAGUCAAUUGAACAUUUCUCGUUUGAACACAUUAGCCUAAUACAGCAAUGACAUCAGACCCGCAAAAGCUCUCUGGUGCACUCUACUGGAAACAGAAUGUACAGUAAUCUGUCGCAUAUCCGACUGAAGUGGGACCAGAGUAAGGGCCGAUGUGUAAA